AUGCCUGGCAUCCUUUCAAACCCCAAAGCCGACUUUGACCAUAUCAUUGUAAAGAGGCUUCAUCCAACCUUUGCAGCUGAACUUAGCGGCGUCGACUUUUCCAAACCAUUGUCUGACGACCUGUUCAGAGAAAUUUUGGCCGCGGUGACCGAGUAUGGUGUCGUGGUGUUCCGUCAUACAAGCCUCACCGAUGAGUCCCACCUCGAAUUUGCUCGAAAAUUUGGAGAGCUCGACGACGUCAAGCCGUACGUCAAAGCAGGCCGUCCAAACCGGCUCAAGUACGACGAACUAUUCGACGUCAGCAACGUCGAAGUGGACGGUACCGUUCUCGACCCUGAAAGCGCGAGAGGCCAGGCCAAUAAAGGCAACCAUCUCUUCCAUGUCGAUUCGAGUUUCAACCCCCGUCGAGCGGGAUAUUCUCUCUUGCUCGCCCACGAGCUGCCUCCUCCUGGGAUGGGCGGACACACAGAGUUUGCCGACACGCGGACUGCAUACGAUGACCUCCCUAGCGAAUUGAAGGAACAACUGAAGACUCACAACUACAUCGCUGCACACUCGACGCACCACUCCCGCAAACUCGCAUCACCAGAGUACUUUGCUCACAUGGAUCCGCGUGACUACCCUAUGGGCCGACACUACCUGCUGCAGCGGCACGAAGCGUCCGGCCGAAUGAAUCUCUACAUCGCGUCUCACGUCCAUCAUAUCGAAGGGCUGGAGCCGGAAAAGUCACAGGAACUGUUCGAUCGGCUCUAUGAUCACGCCAAGUCCGACAAGUACACAGUGGAAAUUGAGUGGGUAUCUGCGGGUGAUCUCGUCAUUUGGGACAAUACAUGCACUAUGCACCGGGCAGUGGGCGGGCCAUUUCUCCGCAAGUACAGGCGUGACAUGAGACGGGCAACUGUGCAUGAUUCGAGCUCUCAAGCAUGGGGCCUUAACGAACAUAGUGAUGUCAGAGUUGGCUUACCAUAG